UCAUAGAAUAAGUAGGCUUUGGGUAGAGCUUAAUUUAUUGCUUUCAUUCAUUCUAGACUGUCUUCUGAAGAUCGAUGUCUAUUUCCUUGAGCUCUUUAAUUUUCUUGCCAAUUUGGAUAAACAUGGCACAAAUCCAGCAGGGAGGUUCAAAUGAAAAAGAACAGACUACAGCAUUGAAAGAUUUGCUGUCUAGGAUCGAUUUGGAUGAACUCAUGAAAAAGGACGAACCACCUUUUGAUUUUCCAGAUACACUGGAAGGCUUUGAAUAUGCUUUUAAUGAAAAGGGGCAGUUAAGACACAUAAAAACUGGGGAACCAUUUGUUUUUAACUACCGAGAAGACUUACACAGGUGGAACCAGAAAAGAUAUGAAGCUCUGGGCGAGAUCAUCACAAGAUAUGUUUAUGAACUCCUGGAAAGUGACUGUAAUUUGAAAAAAAUCUCUAUUCCAGUAGAUGCUACUGAGAGUGAACCAAAGAGCUUUAUCUUUCUGAGUGAGGAUGCUUUGACAAAUCCACAGAAACUGAUGGUUUUAAUUCAUGGUAGCGGUGUUGUCAGGGCAGGUCAGUGGGCUAGAAGGCUUAUUAUUAAUGAAGAUCUGGACAGUGGCACACAGAUCCCUUUUAUUAAGAGAGCUAUGGAUGAAGGGUAUGGAGUCAUAGUCCUGAACCCAAAUGAAAACUAUAUAGAAGUGGAAAAGCAGAAAAUGCAUAAGCAGUCCUCUUCUGAUGGUACAGAUGAGCCAGCAGGGAAGCGGGAAAGGAGAGAUAAGGUCUCUAAGGAAACAAAGAAGCGCCGUGAUUUCUAUGAGAAGUACCGCAACCCUCAAAAGGAGAAAGAAAUGAUGCAGUUGUUUAUCAGGGAAAAUGGUUCUCCUGAAGAGCAUGCCAUCUAUGUGUGGGACCAUUUCAUAGCCCAGGCUGCUGCUGAGAAUGUGUUCUUUGUGGCUCAUAGUUAUGGAGGACUUGCUUUUGUUGAACUGAUGAUUCAACGAGAAGCAGAUGUAAAAAGUAAGGUGACUGCUGUGGCAUUGACAGACUCUGUUCACAAUGUGUGGCAUCAAGAAGCUGGCAAAACCAUCCGAGAAUGGAUGAGAGAGAACUGUUGCAACUGGGUCUCCAGCUCAGAACCAUUAGAUACAUCGGUGGAGUCAAUGCUGCCUGACUGUCCCAGAGUGUCUGCAGGCACGGACCGUCACGAGCUCACUUCCUGGAAGAGCUUCCCGUCUAUCUUUAAGUUCUUCGCGGAAGCCUCGGAGGCCAAGAGCAGCUCGCAGAGGCCGGCCCUGACGCGACGCUCGCACCGGAUCAAGCACGAGGAGCUGUGAGCGCGCAGCCGCCCGCCGCCCGCCCGCCGCCCGAAGCCUCCUGGCCCCCAUUAGAUUGCUUUCUUUCUCCAGCGCAGGGUCGUGAUGUGUCCGUCUAAAUAGCGUUUUGCAUUAUUUCUAGAUGAGUGCAACUGUCAAAGCAAUAUGGCUUCAGCGGCCGAGUUGCCUGCGGCUGAGCCGGGCCUCGCGCGGCGGGCCCGGGCGACCGAGGCUGACAGCGCCCGGAGUGCCAGCGCCCGGCGCCCCUAAUUGCCCGGCUGAUCCGCGGGCGCGGCUGGCCGAGCGGCGUCUGCGCGGUCCUACCGCCCGCUGCAGCGCGACAGCCGCUGCCCAGCCUCAAUUGCGCCCAUUUUUAAUCCCCUUUAAACCCAGCAAGCUUUUAUUCUGAACCUCAAACUUGAUUUUAACCAGGUUUUUUUCCUCGGGUCAUCCUAGGAGUCCCUGUCUUUUAUACAAAGCCACACACUCGAGUUCUAAAAAUGCCAACUCUUAAGUUCAGAACAUGACGGACUGUGUAGUUUGGGGAGUACAAUUUCUCUCUCCCUAUAACGACUUAUUUUCACUUCAAAACCCAAAGAAAAACUUUACAUGAAGCACCGAAUCUGAAUCCUCAUUUCUGCCCAGUUGAACUCCAGUCUUGAUGUCUCUGAUUUCAGGAGAGAAUGUCCAAACGAAAACAUAAACAGAUCUUUUAGAUGUAGGUAUAAGUCCUCAUGUUCAGUGAAUUUUCCAGUUACUUAUAAGAACUGACCUUACUAUUGAAACACAGAUGUGUGCGCCAGUGCAGAGUGGUGGUGGUGGCUGUUGAUCCUUCCAAACUGUACUUUCCCCUCUCUUGUAGCGUGCCCUGUCAGAUGCAGGGCGGUUUUACUAUCAUCAAGAAAAUAAAACUGCAUACCCUCUUUCUUCCAAAAGUCCAAGUAGGGUUAAAGUGCUUCAGUUUUCAUCUGCAGUAGGAAAAGAGAAGCAUAGCGUGAAUGAGUUUCUCUUUCGGGGGGCCAAAAUGUUUACUGUCCUCUUCCUGUGAUAGGGUGCUGCCCUGUAAUUCCAACAGUUAGGCCAACCCGGAAGAUAAAAUAAGUUGACGUUUUACUGGCUUUUGAAUUAAAGCAUUAAACAUUAAUUACUUGAAAUUUUUAAUUAGUGAAGGUUAUAUCCAGUAGGUGUGAUUGUGAUUUAAUAUAUCCAUCCUUUUAAAAAUGAAUUCAAUAAGUAAUUUGUCUGCCUUGUUUGAGACCUUGAGACAGUAUAAUCAAAAUGAGUCUGAGUUACUAAUGACAGGGAAGAAAACCUGAGCUCAACCACCUCAUGAGGAAUAUUCUCAUCUCAUGAACUGCUUUUAGCAAGUUUCAAACUGGUAACAUGUCAUGCUCUUUGCACAUGCAUACAUUCAGUAGUUCUGUAGGGACAGUAAAGUCCUCAGUGGCCAUGGCUGGGCAUCUCCUGACAUUACUUAGGCAGAAGCACCUUAGGAAAAAUCAAAAUGGCGUUUUCCCCAGCUUUUGGGCAGUUUAAAAUAUGUUACUCCAACAAUGUCAAGCACAUUGGACUGUCAUAGUGGCCCUUUACAUUUCUGUUUUUAGAAGAAUUGGUGGACUCUGUGAAAAUAAUGUCUUUCCAGUUACUGGGCUUGAAAAACUGGUGUGCAUUGAUUAUAUUUUACCGAAUGUUAUAAAUUGUCUGGUGUUUUCAGUAUUUGAAAAUGUCCACAAGAAAGUGAGUUUGCAACAUCAAGAGGGGAAAAACCUAUGCAGGGCUAAAUUUGCUAAACUUCUGCUGCUAAAUUAAAGCAAAGUUGAAGUGCUCAGCUUAUGAAGCAAGCAAAAGUAUCCUGUUCCUUCGCUCCAGGUCCCUCUCUGCAGCUCUUAAACCUUGUUUAGAGAAAGUCUUUACUGUCACUGAAUUGUUACCUUGUCUUCUGUUUAGUAGAGAGCUAUUUACAAAGUUACAUUUUGUAAAUGUCUGUUACUAGUUGUGGAUCUGUGCUAUAGCAACCCAGAGGGAGCCAGGCACAGCACCCCAGAUCACCAGCUGAUGAGUGACAAAUGAUUCCUUACAAUGUAGGAUUUCUUGACCUGUUGAUUGGGUUGCUGUUGGUAUAUGUGUAAUGAUGUUAUUCACCUCAGCUUUCUUGGGAUAAGGACAAGCACUUGGCAGUACCCUGCCUACGUGGAGGCCAGGGUUAAUAUUUCUCAUCUGGCCUUCUCCCUAUUUUUAUUUUAGGCACACAGUGGUAGAAAGGUAAGGUGUGAGCUUUUUAAAAAAUAAAUCUUAUACUUAGUUCUUAAAGUAAAUAGAUGGAGAAAGACAUAAAUUGGACAUUCAAAAUAGUCUGAUUCAAGCUUUGGAGCUUUUUCGGGUACCUAACACACAGUCCUUGGAAGUCAUCAUGGGUGUUUGCUACACCAUCUACUUGUAAUAAUUGGUUUUUUCUCACAAUUUUGCCUUGUGCUUCCUGAAAUGCAUUUUUGUUUGUUUAUAUGUCAAAAAUAAUAAAGUGUGAAGCCUCCUGUAAUCUUGUUUACCAUUUUAAAAUAAAAAUUUUCCAACAAAGCAACUGUGUAUUCUUCUUCCUCAGUUCCUUUUCACCAACUGCACAGAGGCUGUUAAAACUGAAAGCUAGCAGGAGUAAUUGGGCCAGGUCCAGCGGUAUUAUAAGCCUUAUAAUAUUACUUAGUAUUACUGCUACUACUGAUGUAAGGCAAUAUCCUAACUUCAGUUGAGUCACAAGCUCACAUAUAUCUUGUAGGUAACAUUUUUACCACACAUUCUCGAUAUACAAAUACCUUCUUAGCAAGAAAAUUAGAAAACUUGUCUUCAAAUGUUUUAUAAAAUAAACAGUACUGUACAGUACUGUACAUUUCCAAAGGGAGCUUGGUAAGUUGCUCCCCAGCUGCUGCUAGAAAACCUCGAUAAAGUGUGUUCAGCCCAAAGCUACCUUGUUGACAUCUAUGCUACAGCUAUUGCUUCCUAAACCUUUGAGAGGUUGGGUGACAGAGUGUGUUAACUAAAUUAGCACUGCUAAUAAACUAGAUUUUUUUCAUGUUUCACUGUAUUGCCUAGAGUUCCAAUCCAAACAUGUGAAUCCUACAUGUUGUAGUCACUGUAUAGAUUGGCUAACUGAUAGGUUCUUGUUGGAAGCUGUACUCUGAAUUCAUUUAAGAAAGACUGCUAUUAAGUAAUUUUCACAGUGUAAAUUUUCACAGUAAUUUUUUUGAAAACUUUUCUCAUGUGGGGAGAGGUUUAAAAACAUGAGGUAUUUAUAUAUUUGAAAUAUGGGUGGCAAAAAGGGAGAUAAUUGUGGUGACUACUUAUAUGCUCUCUGGCAUAACAUUAUAAAAUAAGACUCUAAGACAUACAAGGCAUACUCCUCCCACAAAAUGCAAUAGUUCCCUUCCCUGUAUAAAAAUGAAUGAGCAGGAACCUCUUGAAUGGUCCACCUUCCUUUUAUCUAAUGUUCUAUUAAUCUCCAAAAAGAAAAAAAAAAAAAAAAAGAUAAGUUUGGGCCUGGGAAAGGGGUUUUUAAUCAACACUUCACAGAGCUUAAAACUAUCCCGCCUAAAGCGUUAGCUUUGUGAGAUGGUUUUAAAUUCAACCCA